AUACCUCAGCCAAAAAGCUCGCUCAUUCACAUGCUAAUUCUGCUCUAUAAAUAAGAGGAGUGCGCAGCGCGGAGGCCUUAAAGACAGGGCAGAUUUCACACGAGAAACACGAGAGAAAUCGCUGAUUAUAUCAACCAAAUCAAGGGACAUGACUGCCACUACCAUGGCGCACAACGUGGAGAAACUAUCGAGUGCCAAGGAAGAUCGAAAGCUGAGGAAGCCGCUCAUUGAAAGAAAAAGACGUGAAAGAAUAAAUAAUUGCUUGGAUCAACUGAAAGAAACUGUAGUUGGCGCCUUUCGGCUUGAUCAAUCUAAAUUGGAGAAGGCGGACAUUCUUGAAAUGACAGUGAAACACUUGCAAAAUAUACAGAGUAAUAAAUAUGCAGCUGACCCGACCCUGGGACUGGAAGCCCAGCAGAAGUACAGCACGGGCUACAUUCAGUGCAUGCACGAGGUGCAUAACCUGCUACUAACCUGCGAGUGGAUGGACAAGACGUUGGGUUCGCGCCUGCUCAACCACCUGCUCAAGUCCCUUCCGCGGUCCAGCGAAGACGCCUCCCAGCCCGCAGCCGGGUCCGUCACGCCCAUCCCCCACCACGCACACGGGAGCCCGAGGAACGGGAGCUCCAUGCCCUCGAAUAGGGCCUUCAGCAGUGGCGACGUCAAGCCCGGGAGAGAGGUCCAGACAGACAACGUCCAGUUCUUAGCCACCCCCCACGAUAGAGUACUUCUGCUACCAGGAAAUCGGUUAUUUAACAAUCCGCACAUCGCGUCGCUCGACAUGUGGAGGCCGUGGUGAAUUCCUGGAACUCAAAACUCUCUUUUGAUCUAUGCGUAGACUCUUCUCCUUAUGUAUCUUAUAGAUAUGCUUCUCAGAACACUUGUGGGGCAGUACUGUUCCAGAAUAGGUGUACUACAGACACGGGUACUUCCGGCAGAAGUAAACUUCUCGUAGCCUGCAUUGUAGAAGGCUAUUAUUUGUCUAUUUAUUGUAUUAACUCCAUUUAUUUAAUAAGAUAAACUUGCUUUUAGGUUUAUUCAUCACGUAAUGUAGCGUGUGCUUUUCCUUUCUUUGUAUCUAAUGUAAAUGUAUUAACCCAGUAUUAAUAAAAUGUGUUCCACAAUGCAAUGUGAGUUAAAUUA